CCCAAAUGGAAUUUCAAUAGGGGAACUACUCCCACUCUUUGCUAGGAAUCUUUAUUUCGACCUCCACAAGGUCGAUCGUUCCAUAGAUUGAAGAGACAUUGGCCCUUUGAAACUUUCUCCACGACCAAACUUCCAUCUUGUAUAGAUCAGCGGAUAGCGAUAUCAAUGUUAUUCGAUGAAACACUCGUAGUCAAAAAAUUACGAAGAUGUUCGAUCGGCCGAACGUCGAACGUUUCGGUUUGGACAAUGGCCAAGGACGUGUUGCUUAAUCUCGCGUCAGCAACGAAAUCCGGCGAGGUUGCUCGUUCUCAAUGCAGCCCCGUGACCGACAACGCCAAGAGGUUAAUAAUUAUGCGCGAUUACGCGAGGUAAACAUCGGGAAUCGAUGCACGUAACGUCGACGCGACGUCCCGAUCGAAUAGGUAUAAAAGGGGGCUACCAUGAUGUUUCGAGCAUCAAUCGAUUUUCAACCAAGCUUGUCCAAGCAUCUCCUCAACAAUCUACAAAAUGAAGUGCAUCGCAGCUAUCGUUUUGCUCGCUCUGGUCGGCGUAGCUUUAGCGAAACCCUUGGAAACGGAAUCCAUCGAACCGGUGAAGGCCGAAUCAGUGGCAGCGGAAGCUGAAACCGCGGUUCGGGAUAAGAGAGGACUCCUGUUGGGCGCAGCUUACACCGCACCCGUCGCUUACAGUGCAGCCUAUACCGCCCCGGUCGCCUACACGGCUGCUGCCUACAACUAUCCUUACGCCGCGUACACCGGCUACCCUUACUACGCCGCUGCCUACUCUGCGCCCUACUACGUUGUCUAACCAUCUAACCGAACCACCUACCUACAUUUCGGACCUAAUCACGACGACUGCACCGAUCUCGACAGCUCUGCCGAGAGCUCUCCAGACUUGAUCGAGAUGCAUGAACGAUCACGUCGAAGGGUGCCUCGCAUCGCACAACACCCUAACCAAGACUCAUCAACUUAGACAAUAUCGGCUCAAACUGAAACACAAGUGCUGAAGCAAACAUAAUAGAGCAUAACAUUCUCUGUUACUGUGAACACGCGUUGAUAUGACUACAAGAUGCUGGCAUCCUUCUACGCUUUACUAACAAGCUAAAUAUGCAUAAUUGUACGUGUACAUGCAUUGCGCUGUAUAUAAAAUAUGUAAUAAAGUAGCAAAGCAUAAAAAAGUUCUCCACGUAUUUUAGCCAAGACUCAACUCCAAUUCCGAAUAAAUUCAGAAUCAACUGCGCAACAAUUAGUAGGCUGUAUGUAGACACUGAUGUUGACGCAAUUUUUUAUUUUUAUGAACGUAACUACUAAAUUUCUGGAUAACUCGCUUGACCUGGAUAAAUAAUUAAUUUGUUAGAAGGUAAACGUAAGAGACAAACAAAGUAUGGAAAAAUAUAGCGUACCAAAUAUUCUCAGGCUUCUGGCCAUUCCAGAUAACCUAGUGACUCAACGUGUAAACGCGUCUAUAUAUUUUACUCGCCAAUUCUGCACGAGCGGUGUCGCUUUCAGUCGAAUAAAGGUGAGAAGUAACUGAGAAUAAAAUUGGUUUCUUUUAUCAGCGCUGUUUCAACCAUACGUACAUAGGUACUAGAAAAUAUGAACACGUUGCUGACAUUUAUUUGCUCGGCAUCAAAUAAAUAAUUCACAAGAGUGCGCGGCGAUGGAAACGGUAGAUUCUUUUCUUGGCUAUCCACAAUAACAUCCAUC